AAGGGAAGAGCAGAGGGAAGCUAGACAUGUGGCUCAGAGUUAGAAGAAGAUGGUUGGACCAGUGAGACCACAGUUUGUGUUGUUUGGAUCAUCCAUUGUUCAGUUCAGCUAUGGCUGGGAAGGUUGGGGUGCUGCUCUUGCUGACAUCUAUGCUCGUAAGGCAGAUAUUGUGGUGAGGGGAUAUGGAGGUUGGAAUUCAAGGAAUGCUCUACAAAUUCUUCAUCAAGUUUUCCCAAAGGAUGCUUCUGUACAACCUUCACUGGUUAUUGUUUACUUUGGAGGCAAUGAUUCAAUGCUCCCUCCCUCUGGAGCACCUUCUGCUUAUGUUCCACUUGAUGAGUAUAAAAGAAACAUGACAAUCAUUGGCCAGCAUCUUAAGUGCCUUUCAAAAGAGACUCGCGUUAUCUUUCUGAGUGUCCCUCCUGUCAAUGAAGAAAUGAUCCAUGAAUUUUAUGGUGAUGACACGGGUCGAACCAACGAGGGCUGCCGGAAGUAUUCAGAAGCUUGUUUGGGGGUGGCCCAAGAGAUUGGAAUCAUGAGCAUUGAUCUUUAUAACGCAAUACAACGAAAGGAAGAUUGGUUGAAGACUUGCUUUUUGGAUGGGAUACAUCUUUCAGCACAGGGGAGCGAAAUAGUGAAGAACGAGAUCUUGAACGUCCUUCAAGAGAAAGAGCCGUUACUGUUCUGGAAGACAAUGGCAAGUGAAUUUGUGGGAAUUACGCCUUUCGAUUCGGAGAACAAUCCGCGUAUCUUGUGAUUCAUUGAGCCGUAGAAAACGACAAUGGAAUUAAGAUACUUUAAUGUCGUAUGGUGAAUCAUGAAUGAUAUAUUAGUCUAAUAAUCCCUUUGUUGCGCAUAAAAUAAUUUCUGUGAAAUGUAUUUUCUGAUAGUAAUAAAAAAAUUAAAUAAUAAAGAUGAUAAUUUGUUUUCAACA